AUGCUGAGUGUCGAUUCGAAAUUGAAAUACAAAAGUGAGUUCAACAACCAGUCAUAUUCAUCAACUCCAGUGCUACCUGAAUUAAGUUUUCAAGAGGUUGAAGAAUACUUCUCAGAUUUAUGGUCUGAACAAACGCCCUUGAACGAAAAUAUUCAAAGAGUGCUGCAUUCUUCAAAUUCCUUCGAACUUUCCUUUCAAACAAUGUCAUCAUCUUCAUCUAAAGCACAUUUGUAUAACACUGGAAAUCAUGUCCCGACACAACGUCUGUCCACUUCUCCAAUAAAUAAUGACAUCCAUAAAAUGAAUGUGGUUGAGAAUAAGCGGCGAAGACGCUGGAAGACUAUGGCGCGUUCUAUGAUUCCAAAAGCAGAGUUUUUUAUGCAUUGA